AUGCAGCGAAGGAUUUCUGGUGCCGUCCAUCAGGGCACAGGGAGGCUGCAUGUGAUACAGGAUGGAGAAGUUGAUGAAAGUACCACAUUGCUUCCAUCUUAUGCUGAUGUGGAGAGAAAGCACAAACAGGCAACUGGGUCACAGUGUUUUGAGGCCCGCCACAUGCUGGCUGUAAUGGCCUUCUUGGGAUUUUUCAAUGUCUACUGCUUACGGGUGAACCUCAGCGUGGCUUUGGUGGCCAUGGUCAACGUUACACACAAGGACAGUUCCAAUGUCAGUGUCAGUACUGAGUGUCCAGAUUCCGACACUGGGAAUUCAUCUUCACGUGUUUCUACUGGAGAAUUUAACUGGGAUCAGCAGAUGCAGGGCAACAUCCUUGGGGCAUUUUUCUAUGGCUACAUCGUGACUCAGCUGCCUGGAGGAUGGCUGGCAUCCAGGUUUGGUGGCAAGAGGUUGUUUGGCUAUGGGGUUCUGUGCACAUCGGUCCUGACUCUCGUAACACCAAUAGCUGCCAGAUAUAGUGUCUAUCUCCUGAUUGCCGUACGUGUGUUGGAGGGAAUUGGAGAAGGUGUCACUUUUCCUGCCAUGCAUGCCAUGUGGGGCAGCUGGGCUCCAGUGUGGGAAAGGAGCAAGCUCGUGGCUUUUACUUAUGCUGGGGCCCAGCUAGGUACAGUGUUUUCAUUGCCUAUAUCUGGGAUACUUUGUGACAGCGACGUCGCUGGUGGAUGGCCUUCUGUAUUUUAUGUAUUUGGUGCGUUGGGCUGUGUGUGGUUCAUAGCUUGGAUGUUGCUCACACACGAUACCCCAGCUAAACAUCCUAGGAUAUCAACUUCGGAGAGGGAUUACAUCGAAAGUUCAGUAGGGACGCAGGAGAGAGUUCCGACUCCAUGGAAAAAAAUAUUUACAAGCUCAGCUGUCUGGGGUUUAGCUGUUGCCCACUUUUCUAGCAACUGGGGUUUCUAUACGCUGCUGACCUGCCUGCCCACGUACAUGAAGAACAUACUUAAAUUUGACAUGACAGAGAAUGGUAUUCUAUCAGCUAUCCCAUACGCUGCUUGCUGGGCCGUGCAGAAUAUAUCUGGUUUUACUGCUGACUACUUGCGCAGCCACGGAUACUUAUCCACUGGAAAUACCCGCAAGCUGUUCAACACCCUAGGUACUGUGAUACCUGCACUGAUGUUGGUGACUGUGGGCUUUGUGGGGUGCGACCACGUGUUGGCCAUGGUUUUCCUGACCCUCUCUGUGGGCUUUGUGGGCUGUACUAUGGCAGGGUAUAACGUCAAUCACCUGGAUAUUGCACCCAAGUUUGCAGGUAUUCUUUGUGGUAUAACCAAUGGUCUGGCAACCAUACCUGGGUUUGUUGGCCCCGCUGUUGUUGGAUACUUGACAAAUAACAAUGAAACCCGACAUCAGUGGCAGAUCAUCUUUUACAUCACUGGCGUCAUCUACUUCAUCGGCGCCUUCUCAUUUAUCGUUUUUGCUAAAGGAGAGGAGAUGCCUUGGUCACGAGCCUCACCAAAAGAAUCUGACAUCACUGUAGUUGUUCCACAACCACCACGAAGGGAGAGCAUUGUCUCAGUAAAUGGAGAUCCACCUCCUGCCUACACUGAAUGA